UUUACGCGGGAAAGGAAGGCAAUCACGGAGAAGUUUUCGUUAACCAUAAUAUUCGUUGAAGAAAAUUAUAUUUGUUGCAAAAGGAUUUCGGAUAAAAUUGUGUUUUCAAUAUUCGUUUAAAAAUGGCGAACAAAGUGGCGAGAGAUUAUAUUAAAGACAGAGAACAAUUCAAGACUUUUUUUCUGGAAUUCGUAACAAUGGAUGAUAAGACCGAAAAUAAGACCUUUAAAUACAGACAGCAGCUUACCAAAAUAGCUCACAGAGAACAAAUUAGUUUCGAAAUCGAUUUGGAUGAUGUACAAUCGUUUGACGAGGAGCUAGCCACAUCUGUUGCUAAUAAUACACGAAGAUACACUAAUUUGGUUUUGGAUUUGGUUCAAGAAAUGUUACCUGAGUUCAAAGAAAGAGUUGUCUUACCUCAAGAUACAUUGGAUAUUUAUAUGGAGCAUCGGUCAUUAAUGCAGGCUCGUAAUAGACAACAAGGUGAAGCUCAGGACACUAGAGUUAAAUAUGCUCCUGAAUUGAUGCGUCGUUUUGAAGUAUAUUUUAAAGAUUUUUCUGAUACAAAAGCAUAUUCAGUAAGAGAUAUUAAGGCAGACAAGAUUGGAAAAUUGGUGACAGUUAGAGGCAUUGUUACAAAAACUACUGAAGUAAAGCCUAUGAUUGUUGUAGCAACAUACACAUGCGAUGAAUGCGGUUCAGAAGUGAGCCAACCGGUGCAUUCUUUGAGUUUUAUGCCACUACGGACAUGUCCAAGUGAUGGAUGUCGUGUGAAUAAAUCUGGUGGCAGAUUGUACUUGCAGACAAAAGGUUCGAAGUUUAUAAAAUUUCAAGAGAUAAAAUUGCAGGAACAUAGUGAACAAGUUCCAGUUGGCCAUAUACCACGAUCCUUAACUAUCUUUUGUCGAGGCGAAACAACGAGAAAUUGCUUGCCUGGUGAUCACAUUAUUGUUACUGGGGUGUUCUUGCCCUUUUUGAAAACAGGUUUCAAUGCUAGAUCAGGGCCUGCGCUUUCCAGUGAGACUUAUUUGGAGGCACAUAAAAUAGUAUGUCUCAAUAACAUUGAUACAGUAGACGAUGGAAGUGCCGAAUUGACCGAUCAAGAAUUAAGUUUACUGAUGCAAGAUGAUUUUUACAACAAGUUGGCUUGUUCCUUAGCACCGGAAAUUUAUGGGCUCGAGGAUGUGAAAAAGGCAUUACUUUUACUUCUCGUUGGUGGAACAGACAAGAAGAAGGGCGAUAUUAAAAUUCGAGGCAACAUUAAUAUUUGUUUGAUGGGAGAUCCUGGUGUAGCAAAGUCGCAAUUAUUAUCCUACAUCACACGAUUGGCUCCAAGAUCGCAGUAUACCACAGGACGAGGCUCGUCCGGUGUGGGUUUAACUGCUGCUAUUAUGAAGGAUCCUCUGAGUGGUCAAAUGAUAUUGGAAGGUGGAGCUUUGGUGUUGGCGGAUCAAGGAGUUUGCUGCAUCGACGAGUUUGAUAAGAUGGCAGAUGCAGAUAGAACGGCGAUUCACGAAGUAAUGGAACAGCAAACCAUAUCUAUUGCUAAAGCCGGAAUAAUGGCUCGUUUGAACGCUAGAGUGUCCAUAUUGGCUGCUGCCAAUCCGGCGUAUGGCAGAUAUAAUCCGCAGAGAUCGGUUGAACAAAAUAUUCAAUUGCCUGCCGCAUUGUUGUCGCGAUUUGACUUAUUGUGGCUUAUCCAGGAUCGCGCAGACCGAAGUAAUGAUCUUAAAUUAGCACAACAUAUUACAUAUGUGCAUCAACAUUGCUCGCAACCUCCUACUGAAACGGAAGCUAUAGAUAUGAAAUUAAUAAGAAAAUAUAUAAAUUUGUGUAAGACAAAAGAACCUGUUGUAUCAGAAGAAUUAACAGAGUAUAUUGUAGACUCUUACGUGGAAAUGCGAAAGGAAGCGCGUAACAGCCACGACAAGACGUUCACUUCCGCUCGUAAUCUGCUAGCUAUUCUUCGGUUGUCGACAGCAUUAGCACGACUGCGACUAUCAAACGUAGUUGACAAGGACGACAUUGCAGAGGCGAACAGAUUAGUGGAGAUGUCCAAGCAUUCGAUCAACUAUUCCGAACAACGCGUAAAUAACGCGCAACAGAAUCCAAUCAAUAGAAUUUUCCACCUGAUACGGGAACUUGCCGGUGAUAAGAAGACAGUCAAAGUGUCGGAUAUUUUGGAGCGAUGCACGAGCAAGGGAUUUAAACCCGAUCCCGUAUACAAGUGCAUCGAGGAGUACGAAGCGUUGAACGUGUGGCAGGUCAAUCAGACCAGAAGAUUGAUUACUUUUAUAUAAUUUCGUAUUUGAAGACACUAUCUUCAUCAUAUUUUCAGCAGAAUGUAAUCUGAUGUAGCUUUCUUUUUUUUGUAACUCGACAAUAAACGAUUAAUAUUUAUUUCUUA